AUGGCUUCGCGAGCGAUUCUGAGAAGGAGGAGAAGUUUCAUCGAUCAAUACGUGAAUAACGUUUUUUCUUCUUCUUCGACUUCGUAUGUUCGUUCUCUGGAGCGUGCUAUAGCUACGACAACUCCUCCGAUUCCUUGUAAGCACGGAAGGACGCCGCAUAGGGACUUGUGCGAUCGAUUUGGAUUAGGAAAAUUCGGGAGUGCAGUUCCGCAUGAGAGAUAUUCGGGAUUCAAUGCGCCUAUAGGUGUGCGGUGGUUGACGCAGUCGGCGGCGGCGGCGAAGAAUCAUGAUCAGGAGAAGAACGAUGAGGCGGUGGCGAAGAAGCGGAAAGAAGCGUCUCCCGAGGAGUGUGAUCAGGCCGUUGAAGGAUUGACCACGGCGAAGGCCAAAGCCAUGGCGAAACGGUCGCAAGAGUCACAGAAGGAAGUUCAAAGCGUUUUAAGGAGAGUUUGGACUGCGUUUUUGGGAAUCGGUCCUGCGUUGCGAGCCGUGGCAUCUAUGAGUAGGUCCGCAUUUAUUGUUCCUUAG